AUGGCUAACCCCCGAUCUGCAACCGUGGUGCGGAACACGAGCGAGACGAAAAUCAAUUGUUUCAUUGACUUGGACGGAGACCCAUCAAUUCCUCGGCAGAUCAAAGUCUCUACUGGAAUUGGUUUUCUGGAUCACAUGUUUCAUGCCCUCUCGAAACAUGCAGGAAUCACGUUAGAACUGAGAUGCAAGGGGGAUCUGGAGAUCGAUGAUCACCACACAGCAGAUAUAUAUGGAUGCGGAUACGCGCCGCUCGAUGAAGCUCUGUCUCGGGCAGUUCUCGAUAUCUCAUCGAGGCCGUAUUGCGUCGUCAACCUUGGCCUUAAGCGCGAGAAGAUUGGCGAUUUGUCUACUGAAAUGAUUCCACAUGUCAUCCAUUCAUUCGCUAUGGCGGCUGAGGUUACUCUCCAUGUAGAUUGCCUAAGAGGAGAGAAUGAUCAUCAUAGGGAAGUACUACUCACAGACUUGAGGUCUGAGUCGGCAUUCAAAGCUAUCGCAUUGGCAAUACGUGAAGCAAUAGAGCGUACGGGUGACAAUGAAGUCCCGAGCACCAAAGGAGUUCUGUGA